CAACCGCUUGGUCUCGCUCGCUAGGGGUGGACCGCUAAUCGCGCACGAGACGCGCAACGGACUGAGCGGACAACGGAUUACUCUAUGUGUAGUCUGCACCAUAACAAUAAUUAGUAUCAACAUUUUCGUUUUACGGUUUCUUUGUAAAUAACCAUUAGAGAAAAGGAGCAGAAGAGAAGUGUGCUGCUGUAAUUUUGUAGCUAUGGCCGCUCUAUCAGGAGGAGAGAUGUGCGUCAAAUACUUGAUGUUCGCUUUCAACCUCAUCUUCUGGCUUGCAGGUACAGGAGUGCUGGCUAUAGGGCUGUGGCUGAGGUUUGACUCAAAAACCAAAGGACUAUUUGAAGGAACAGAAGGAACAGAAUCUCCAUAUGUCUUCUUCACAGGUGUAUACAUCCUGAUCGUAGCAGGGUCGUUGAUGAUGGUUGUGGGAUUUCUGGGAUGCUGUGGCGCGAUUCAGGAGUCUCCAUGUAUGCUGGGUCUGUUCUUCUUCUUCCUCAUCAUCAUAUUCGCCAUUGAAGUCGCUGCUGGAUUCUGGGGUUUCUCCAACCAAAGCAAGGUGGUUGAGGACAUCACACAGUUCUACAUGCAGACUUAUAAGAAUUACAAGGAGAAUCCACAGGACACAUUGAAGAAGACACUCCUCCUCAUACAGACCGGGUUGGACUGCUGUGGGCCGACAGGUUCCGUUAUCGACUUUGCCCAAGAUACCUGUCCCCCAAGAGUUGGGCUGGAUAGCCUCAUCACCAAGAGCUGUCCUGAUGCUAUAGAUGAAGUGUUUGACUCCAAGUUGCACAUCAUAGGAGGAGUGGGAAUUGCUAUUGGAGUAAUCAUGGUGUUUGGGAUGAUCUUCAGCAUGCUGCUAUGCUGUGCCAUCAGAAAGUCGCGGGAGAUCGUCUGAUGAUGUCACUGUUACCAUGACGAUGCCUGUUGAUGUUGCAUGAUAUAAUUCCUAGUCACUUGACAUUUGUCAGCUUAUAGAGAACCUAUGUGUUGAGAAGGAUAGGCCUGAGAGCUAACAGCUGUUCCUGGCUACAAGCCAACCCACUAGUGUCCAGCACGGGUCUGUUUUUUGGUACAACACUCAAGCAAGCUGGCCAUAUAAAUUGCGAAACAUACCCAACCCAUGGACAUCAGGACUGAUUUCUUUCCACUACUGACCCAACCAAUAUAGAAUUGACCCAUUACCUGCCAUCAACAUGUAUGCAUUUAGCAAAUAUGUUUAUGAAUCCAGUCCAAACAGUUGGCAUUUUCCCUCGCCUGCAUGCAAUUCAUUUUGUCUACAUUCCAACAUUAUUUUCAGGUAAUAGUUAUACUUUACAUAAUGGUGGUAGUACAAAUGUUAUGAUUGUUUUUUAACCUUUAUCCAUUUAUCAAACUGUCUAUAUUUUAUCUUAACACAAGCUUUUCCUUUAAAAUGUGCUGUCUUUCACUGCAACAUUAUCUGUAGCCUAAUUAGCCAAAUUACAGAAUAGCCUAGUCAAAUUUUUGGUAAAAAUCUUAAAUUGUCAGUCUUUGCUGAAAUGAUCUACCAAAAGAAAUCACUUGUGCGUGUGGAUAUUUGGUGAAAAUGUCAGAAAUACAACACUGAAAUCAACUAUGAUGCUGAUGCGUGAUCAGUGGAGUCUAGCUGAAAUAUGUGCAGAUUAAGCCCAAUGUGCUGGGCUUAAGCAGCUCUAAGCUUGCCGUCUGCCAGGUCAACUAUGGUAAGGAUUAAGGUAGGGACAUGAGAAUAUCAUCAACAUAGAGAUCUGCGGUUGCAUUCCAGGACUGCAGCAGAGAAAGGAGGACGAGAAUGUGCAUGCCUUAAAUAUGCAAAGAUACGAUAGGUUUCGGCCUGCACCAUAUUUGGUUUGAACUGCAAACCGACCAAUGGGUUGAAGGGAUGUUUUCAUUCCAGUACCCUCCAUAGCGUUAGGAGAGCUCUGGUCCUGAUGAAAUAGAUGAAGUGUCAGUGAACUGUAGGGGACCUCUUGCAGGUCUUUACAACCAACUGCCAGCAAGUCAGACCCCGCAACCUCUGUAAAAACAAUCUGCUAAAACUAGUUAUCCAGGGGAUCGGCCUGACCAAGGUGCUAAACUGGCAAUAGAGAAUGAUAGAGUGGCAAAGAAGAUGUUUUACAAAAUACAUUGCUGUUAAAGCCUUCAUUUUAACACUGGCAACUGAAGCAGCUUCCAGUGUCAUUGGCUGAGUCCAACUAGGUCAAUGGAGGCAUUGGCCAAUUAAUUAUAUGUAAAAUUAUAUGUCUAGAAAAUAGCAAAUGCUGCCAUAAUGGGAAAUAUUAGAAUGUGCCCUCUAUCUGUCUCUAUGGAAGAAGCACAUCUGUGCAGCAUUUCUUUUAAGGUGAUCCUCUGGAACACUACUCAUAUCAGGCCCAUCCUCCUGAACCCUCAUGAUGAUGUCACUGCUCACUAAUGGACCCAGAGAGACUGGUUCAGAAAUUGAAAUAAGCAUAAUACAUUUGUGAUGUACCAUGUAAAUGAUGAGAUACGUGAAUAGUUAGGUGUAACAAAUGUAAUAUGAACACAGUUUCUCACUCUCAAUUUGAAAUGAACCUGUUUAUCAAAUACCGGCAUGAUAAUAUUAGCAAGAUAUAGUCUAAUAAUUAUAGUAAUUAUAUUGUACUGUGAUCACAUUCCAACCAAAAAAUCCAACAUCUGAUAGCCCAUGGCUGGUCUCAAGACAACUAUUUGUGGCAAAGCUAAUUAAGCUGUACACUUUAUUUGCGAGAUCCAAUUAAAUCAGUUGAUAUUGAUAAGUAGCCAACAUUAAGAAAAAACAGGAGAACCACUCUUAUCACAGAUUGCUGGCUAUAAUCUGUAUUAUCUGUGUUGAGCAUGGUUCUCUUGUUUUCUCAAAUAGAGGAGCAACCUUGUGGCUUCUCUAAUGCAUAACCCAUCUGUUCUAUCUCACGCCAUCUCCCCCCUCCUCUAUUGAAUCUCACCCCAGCACCAGCUUUCUCCCCUCUCGUUUUAUCUCAACUAAUCUCAUUAUCUCCACCUCUUUCCACCCAUUUUGAAAAAAGCCUUGAAGUCACAAAUUUUGUAAAGUUUUUAUUAUUGACCAAUUUCAUAUGUGUGUUGUAGUCUGUUUUACAGUAUAUUUAGGUCUGUAAAAUGUCAUUAACUUAAACAUGUAUGCCAUUUCACAGUGGAAACACAUUUUCCAAAUAAACUGUAACCUCUGAUCCUCA